AUGGGUUGGUGCGAGGUGAAGUGUUUGGCGUAAAGUUUGUCCAUGUUGGGAUUCCGUCUAGGCACCAGCCUUAGCUUUGUGUCACUGGAAAGGCGCUAGCAUUAGCACCCCGACCUCAAAAAUCACAGCUGCAAUGGAGGUGGAGAAAGCAGGCUGUUUUGCCGACGUGGGAUUGAACACAGCCAGUCGAUAGUGGUAACGUUAGGGUAGACGAGUUCGGGCGAAAGAAGAUUCAGUUCGUUUAUGACACUGUUCUAUUCUGUCUCGACUGGGAGCUACCGCCCCCCAGCCCCUGCAGACGCCGCAGCAGUGGUCUGCAUAUGCGAUGACGUUUUGAGAGCUGUAGGGGACAGCGAUGAUGGAGUUGGAUAUCGACCAGUCUCACCUUCCCAGAGUCCAGGAAGCACACACUGAAUCCCCAGCAGUCCCCGUGUCAGUCAAACACAGCACUGCCCCUGAGUCGGGAGCUAAAGAGUUAUGUGAGUGCUUUGCUGUUCUGGAGGAUGGGGCUUUGGCUUAUAAUCUUCAGGAGCAGGAGAUUGAGCAGUACUACAACUCCAACGUGCAGAAGAGCCAGCUGGUGCAGAAUGACAUCCGCGUGGCCAAGCGGCUGCAGGACGAGGAGGCGGAGCACGCCAGUCAGGCCGCGCGCCAGCUCGAGGAGCGGGACUCGGAGUACGCGCGGAUGAUUCAGGAGGAGAUCCAGAGAUGUGCGGAGGAGGCUCGGAGGAGGGAGGAAGAGGAUGAGGAAAUGGCUAAGCGCCUACAGGAAGAGGAGGAGCUGGACAUCAGGAGGCGGAGGCUGGACAGCGGUUGCCAUGGGGACAGCGGUGACGUCCUUCUCGGAGAAGAGCGUGCCAGUGUGCCUGAGCGAUCCCGUCCACGUCGGCCCGUUCGCGCCCGCCGCGGCCCCAGCACCAGCCCCAGCCCCGACUCCAGCUUCAGUGAGGGAGAGACUCGCGCCCCUCCCACCAGCAGGGGGCGCUCCUCCAGGUCGAACACUGACUCCGACUCUGCGGAGCCUCCCCGUGAACCCCGGAGCCCCGUCCUCCAGAACAACAGUGUCCCCCAGCAGGCCUCCAGACAGAGCGAUGCCCUGCGGCUGAUUAGAAACCUUCUCCGGGAGUCUUUAGGCCCCACCUAUAACUUCGAUGAAGAGGUCUUCCUUAGACCCCCCUCCGUGCCAGCCUACAGGCUGCAGAAACGACUCAACACCGCCCCCUCUGGUCACCAGGGGCUUGACCGCCACUCACAGGGAAGGCGGAACCACAGUUUCCCCAGCAGUGAUAGAGCGGGGGAAGGCUGGGAAGAGGGGGCGGGGGGAUCAAGGAGGAACGGGAACAGGGAUGAGAGGUGGCAUAGCAACAGCUACCAUGGAGAUACGAGGCGGGAGGACGAGUAUCAUAGCAACGACGCGAGAUAUCAAGACAGGGUGUCCUACAGCCAGACUUACAGAGAGGGCGGAGAGUACAGUCAAAGGCACGUCCACUUUCAGGAUGACAGGCGGCGCUACAACAGUUACCAUGCCGACAGCAGGAGAGAAACCGCUACAGGCGGCUACCAGAACAAUUUCUUAGAUAGGGGCGUGGCUGCAAGGCGUAGCAGCUACGGCGAAUCGCGGCCGGUGCAGCGAAGCGGCAGCCAGGGUAACCAGGACGUGCACCGGACCGGGGCCGGCGGCGUCCACCAUCUGAGUCAGGUCUUACUGCGCACUGUGCCCGCGAGGCGCAGUUACCACGGAGACGUCAGGGACAGGAGGAGGGAGGCGGGCCGAGACGACCGCAGGGCGUACGGCGACCAGGGCGCGCAAAGCGGGCACCGGGUGAGCGCCCGGGAAAACCCGCCUAUCCAGGAGGACAGGGUCUACCGCCCGGGCGAUCACCGCGACAACCGGUCCGCGGGCCGGGACCACGGCGACCGGCGGGAGAGGGGGGCAGGUAGCCAUGGGAACGGGUGGGGGAGAGAGGAGGGCGUGGCCGGCAGGGACAACAGGUCCGCGAGCCAGGACCACGGCGAGCGGCGGGAGAGGGGGGGAGGAGGUAGCCGUGGCAACAGGUGGGGGAGGGAGCAAGGCGGGGCCGGCGGGGAUCGCGGUCACGGCGACCGUAGGGUGAGGCGGAGCGUGAGCGAGCGCUGGGGGGCGAGCGAGCGCUGGGGGGCACGCGAGGAGGAGCCGGGCUCCAGCUCGGAGGAGGAGGAGGAGGAGGAGGGGAGGUGGAGGGUUGAGAGGCGACGGAGUGAAGGUGGGGGACAGAGGGAGGAGAGGCCGCCGAGCAGAGGCGUCCGGCGCUCCAUCAGUUUCUCCGGCAGGACGCCGCCCCCCGCGGCCGGACACAGGGGUGCAGGGCCGGCCCCUCGACGGGACGGGGCGAGCCUGGAGCUCAGGGAGCUGGGGCAGGUGCUGCGGGACGAGGAGCUGGCCCGCAUGCUGCAGGAGGAGGAGGAGGAGCGGCUUCUGAGGAAGAGCCCGACGUCUCCGCGAAGCCCGCAGGACUUCAACCCCAGGGGGGAUUUCAGAGUUGCCCAGGUGGCCCAGGAUGAGGAGAUAGCCCGCUUCAUGCAGCGAAAUGAGAGGAAGACCCAGCGGCGGUCAGGUGACCCCGAAGGUCAGGGGUCGCAGCGGGAGCACGACGACCCAGGCAACGGCCAAGAGAGGAGGUCAGCUCGGGAGAGAAAGGUGGAGGUGCCUCAGGGGCCCCGGCUGAGGCUGGACUCUGAAGGGUUAAACUCGCCUAGUGAGGACCUGUCCCCAGAGUGCCAGCCCCCCAGUCCCAGCUCUGCGGCAUCGCAGCUGCAGGCCGUGAGGAACAUCGCGGAGGAGCUGGACCCCACCUUCAGGGCCAUACGGCGGGACAGCAAUCCAGCGGGACAGGCCUCCUCUGCUCUCUCGACCAGUCCCUCUUCUCCCUCCGGUCUCCAUGACUACACGCCGGAGCCCACCUUCGUCCCGCCCACCAAGCGGCAGAGCGACAAAUCGACGCGCUCCAAAGCCAAAGAGAAGAAGGAGAGCUGUAAGCAGCAGUGACUCCGCACCCCCCUCCCCCCACGCUUCUACAGAGCCCCGCCCCUGCUACAAUGCCACGCCCACAUUUAUGAAACUCCAUCCUGCACUUCCCUGACCCCCCCCCCCCCGGAACGUUGGUGGCACCUCUUCUGGGUCGGAGGUCAACGAUUGGCCGUUGGAGCAGGCAGUGAAGGUGGAACAGGAAAGGCUGAAGAGGUGCAGAAUGCCGGUCCUUGGUCCCCCCCCCCAUACAGCAUGCUGUGCUGCCAUUGGCUGUCGAAUCUGAUCCUUCGAGCGCAUCGUAGUAGUCCUCCAUUUUGUGAAUGAGGGGAGCCACAUGCAUGAAUUCCCAACCAGCACUUACUCCUUCUAAUUCUUCAUUGGGGAUGAACUUUUCUUGUUGUUGUGGGGAGAAAUAGACGCUGACCACUGACCCAAGAUGUGGGGGGUUGGCCUCAAAAGGGAACAGUUGACAAUCGCAAAUUUUUUUGCAAUUAUUAUAAUUUUUUUCUGUAAUUUUUUUUUUUUUUUUGGUUAAGCAAUUUUACUGCAGCUGUGUAGUUCUGCAGAGAUUCUUUUCAAACAGCAGGGUACUGUUCCUUUUGUGUUUCUUUGUUAUUUAGAGGGCUUAAAAAACCACCCUGAGCUUUGGUCCAUUGCCCUGUAGGCUCCCCGUUCCUGCCUGUCUGAAAGGUGCAGUUACCUCACAGCUGGACUGCGGCUGUAUCUCACUGUCUCGGUGGACAGGUCCCUCUUGCUUUCCGGUCUCUGCGUGAUCUCUGCUGUAGCCGUGUGCCUUGAUAUUCCUGCCCCCCCCCCCAACCCUAACCCUAACCCUAACCCCCCAGGACACACUGCUUCGCUGUGUAAACCUGGCCGCUGUAGGUUCAGUUAGCACAAUCCUAAAUGCGGUAAAUCAAUGGCAAACAUAAAUCAUUAACAUAGCAUUUGGGGGGGGGGGGUGUGAUUCGAAUGUAAUUAUUCCUCAAGAUGUUCGGAACGUUCUAGUGGCCUUUGUCAGAGCAGUGUCUUCAGUUAAUGGGGUAAGAGGGGGUGGAUGUGGAUAACGGGUGGGGGAGGGAUUUUUUGGGGGGGGCGAAGUUUCUCAUUUUGUGGGACAGUCUGGCGACAGAAAUAUCAGCCUCGCUAAUAUCGCUAACUUCGCUCCCGCGUUUCGUCGGGGCUGCUGAGGCGACGGUCGCCGUCGUUCUGAAUCUUCUAAUUUUCACACCUACGACCUCAGAGUUCCGAGUUCCGACGUGUCUUCCCUCUGUGUUCCUCACGCGCACUGGUGAUUCACCCAGCUGGGGCGUCGCCACGAUGAGCAAGUGUGUAGAGUGACUACGCGGUUCUUAAUGCCGAAUUCUUGAUUUAAGGAAGUCAGGUUUAAUUUAGAAACCGUUUCUGCUCUUGCGCCACGUUAUACCCAGAAUCUGCAUCCGUGGCAGUCCUUGAUCCCUCGAAAGUUUGCUGUUUACUGAAAUUAAUAAGAAAAAUGGAGUAUCUUGUAUUAGUCAGCGUUCAGGACACGGUAAAAUAGUAUUACACACACACACACCAGUGGAUGUGUGCGUUUGUGUGCAUUCUCUAUGCAUGUAUAAAUAUCAAUUUAAUAUUUCUUUGCUUUGUCAUCCUGAUUUAUAUUAUUUUAUAAAUACUUGCCAUAGGUUUAUAUGUUAAACCCUGUAACUGUUUAUUUUUAUAUCAGAACCUGCUAUAUUUGUGUAUGAUAGCUUAGAAAUGUUUUCUCACUUACCACAGUUGCUAUGGAGAUGUUUUUGAAGUAGACAUUCAGCCAUUGGCCACAGUAAGGCUUUUUUAUUUUUUCCAGUAGAUUAAUUUUACUUUGAGACACUCUUAUGGUUUUGGAAUUGGGACUGAAAUACUUUGGUCUGGAAUCCCUCGUUGCUUUGAGCCAAAUCCAUCUGUUCACGCUUGAUCUUUUGUUUUAUUUUAAGACUUAAGAAAAUGAGUCGUUUUUACUUUCCAGGAUGGACCUGAAUGAAACUCUACUGGAUUCACCUCAUUUGCAGUGAAAGUUGAUUUCUUUCAAACAACCUCAUCUACAAAAAAAAAAGACCAUUGCAUUUUGGACCUUUACUAAAUUAACAGUCAAAUAAAAAGGAUCCAGUGUGUACCCAAAGGAAUUAUACCCUCGCUUUUGAAACUGGGAAUGUCAGUGGGUAAUUAGUGGAAAGCCCAGUUCGCCGAGUUCCACCCCAGUUAUAAAUUCUAAAUUCUGUUGGCAUCAUUGUUUACAUUCUGAGAAUGUGCCGGUCGUGUCCUGGCACCUGCUGCCCUCAGAUCUUCCUCUUGGAGAAGCACAGGCAAACGUGCGAAGCUUGUGGUGUUCUGGAAGUAAACCUCGGCGCCCCAUUUAUUUAAAACUUUCACGAGGAGAAUGAUGGGAUCGUGACCUGGGGGAAGAGCCAUGUAAUCUGGCUCUUCAAACCCCGCCCCCCCCCCCCAUCCCCCAGAUAUUUCUCUCUCCAUAUCAUUUGCUUUAUAGCUUCUUUUUUUUUGUUGUUUUAUACCCAAUGCUAAAGUUAACUCCUGCCAACACAGGACUGACUCCCAGGUGUGAACAGAAGCAGAAACAGGAACCCAGAGGGAUAUGGUGCCUGCUUCAUAUUAGACUGCAGUGGAAUCACAGAAACCCCAUUAACUGUGAAGCGGUUUUCACUGUUUGAAUAGUACAUGGGGGAGAGAAAUCUCAGUUGAAUAAAUUGGGAAUGUGUGUUCAUACGGCUAUGCUGGCAUUGCAGGUAGUUGUGAUCUGCACGGUUUUUGAAUUAUGUUUCAUCCUCACAGAUCUCCAUUCCAUUAUUCUCUCUCGAAAUAAAGUGCUGGUGCUUGAGACAUGUCUGCGCGUGUGUGCAUUUUAACGCUGUGUUCGGAAACGCAGCCUCUGCGCUGGUUUAGUCGGACAUGGCGGGCCUGUGUACAUCCGCCUCAUACUGAAUCCUCCUGGCGGCUGGGUGCAAGCCUGAUGCCCUUUUGCGAUUUUUACCCAGGAUAAAUAUAAGUCAACCUCAACCUGAAUUUUUGAGGAUUAAGGUUGAGGUUUCAUUAACAGUCCCAGGACUUAAUUUAUCAUUUAAAGCAGUGUGCUGAAAGUGCAGCACACACUGGUGACCCACACACAGCCACCCGCCAUAACCAGGCCAGUGUGUGUAAGCCUUGCACUCUGAGCCAGAUCCAUCCGGCCCACUUCCAGCAGUCUAUGACUGGGGAGAGGAUGUGGUUGGACGGUGGGCUGAGUUCCCACAGCUUAAAAUAAGUGCCGGCACACAAGACCAGGUCAGCUCGUCAAAGAGCAAAAACGUAGCAGUGCUGGUCCUGCGUACCGGGGGGUACAGGUCCACUUCAAUUUAAAAAUAUUUCAUGAAUCUCUUCCCACCCCCUGUACCUUUCCCUUCCUCUUCUGCUUUCUCUUCCUCCCUCCCUCCCUUCCUUCCCCUCCCACCCCCUCUUCAUUUUGAAGUGUAGCUCUUAACUAGGUGUGUUCCUUAGGCACGCGCCCGGCCCGAGGAGAGCUGGGUCCGAGCGGCGCUGUCUCCGUUGUCUGAGUGGAGGCGCUCACCCCGGCGCUGUCCCGGCGCGGGUGGCUCUGUGUGGGUCACCGGUGUGUGCUGCACUUUCGGGCCGAGCAGAACUGGGGGAUCUCCCGGAGGGUGAAACGGCACUGCUGACGUACCGCGAGCCGUAGGCUUGCCCACGACUUUUUAAAAUAGCCCUGAUUUUCCGUCACUGCACACGUACUUCUGCAGUAGCCUAACCCCCCCCCCCUCCCCCACCCACUCCCCACCCCCCACACACACUCUCUGUCUGUCUGUCUCUCGUUCUUUCUCUCUCGCUCUCUCUACCUCGCUUUUUCUCUCCCUCUCUCCUUUCCCUCUGUUUCUCUCCUCUCAGCUUCUCUCCCUUGCCCCCCCUCUCUCUCUCUAUUCCUUUCUUUCCCCUCUGUCUCUCCUGCUCUUCUCUUCUCUCACUCUAUCACUCCCUCUUUCUAUCUCAUGGCCCAUGUACAGUACACGUUGAAAACAAAGAUUGUUUUUCUUCUGACUUGGGGAAGUCACCUUUUAUCCACGCAAACACCUCUCAUUAAAGGAAGCACAACAAACACUUCAGCCCCUAACUGAAUCCUUCACUUUUAUUACAACAAUAAAAAAUACAUUUGUUUUAAGUCAUAAAUUAUCCUUCAUUCCAAUGGAAUCUUUUUUUUUUUAUUUUAUUUUUUUUUUUUUUAAGAAACAUCAAACAUUAUUUCAAUUGUGUACAUUUACAAAAUACACGGCAUGAUAUUUUCAGACAAAAUUCAAACGUUUGAAUUGUGUUCUGUAGCACAAUGAACAUAACUUUUAACAUUGACCACAGAGUUAAAAUCAGGAAGUAUACUGUAGUAGCUGACAACCAGUGUUCACAGUGCCAUAUUUAAUGUCAUUUACACAGGCAUUGUACUCAUAUCAGUAACAGCCUCAUACGACAGUCAAUUUUACAAGCUUGACAUUGCAAAGGAACUUAAUCCUUAAAUUUGUCCUGUAUGAGGUAACAUUAUUCUCUGGUCAUUUGUGUAUUUAGAAAUUUAGAUAAUUUCUUUCUAGAAGAGUAAAAAUUAAAUAAGACCGUUCAGCUUCCAAGCUUAUUCUGGUGUGUGUGGUCCACUGCUGUGUUU